CGUGACGCCUCUAGUCUGGCGUUCCUUCCACUCGUCCCCACUCUGCAAAGGCUGUGUGCGCCACCGCUACCCGAGACGCGCCCGGCAUCUUGAAUAAGAAAGUCGCACUGAGAACCGAAGGAAUAGGCCUACCAGGAACGUGUAAAGAAAACAAAUAUCGAGUACGUGGACAAGAGAAAGGAAAACGAUAUACAGUGAUUUUUGCAGAAUUACAGUUGGUGGUGAUUGAAGUUUGAAGACAUGAGGAUUCUACGAGUUGCGCUCCUGCUCGUCCAUGCCUUUGUGGUGUCGAGAUUGGUGAGUGGAGCUGUGGUGGACAGGUAUGAGAUUGAGAGGCCGCAGCAGCAGCACACGGCAGUUAUCAACCUGUUGGAUGUCCUGAGCGACAGAAGGAUGGAGGGAGGGAUGGAGGAGAGUAACCACGGCGUGGAGGGUCCAGUGUUGGAGGAUGAUGGAAGUGAGGAAGAGGAUGAGGAGUACUAUGAUUACUACGAUGAAGAUGAAGAAGAUGCCUCAGGGGACUAUGAGGUGGAAUUACCUCGAGUUGCAUUGUCGACUAAACCUAAAGACCCAUCGGCCAUCUUGGAAGCUGAGAGGAAGAGGAGGAGAGGAAAGGGGAGGAAGAAGGGAAAGGGGAAGGGGAAGAAGAGGAACCCUUGUCUGAAGAAGUAUAAGGACUUUUGUAUCCAUGGCACCUGUCAUUACCUGAGGGACAUCAAAGCUGCGUCAUGCAUAUGUCGUCCCAGUUACUCUGGGGAGCGGUGUCACCUGUUCACGCUGGCUUCAGAGGGGAGGGACGUGGGAGGCUACAGCAGGACCACAGCUCUGGCUGUGGUGGCAGUGGUGUUGUCCUCUCUCUGUCUCACCAUCAUAGGCCUGCUGCUGGUGCUCAGGUUUCACAAGCGAGGAGCGUACGACAUAGAGAAUGAGGAGAAGGUGAAACUGGGGUCAGCGCCCAACCACUGAAGAGCUGGAGAGAAGGGACAGGAUAGGGAAAUUCUACCUCAAAAUAGAAAAGAA